UGUGAUGAACGCAUUAACAUCGUGUCUGAAAUUUAUUUUUCUCUUCUGGUAAAAAAUUCUGGCGUGGUAUACAGAAAAACGCGACGGCGGCGGUAUAUCUUUGUGCCUGCGUCUCACAAAUUGACGACAAACGUAAAAAAUAAAUCAUCACAGCACACCACGGAUACGAAAAAUUAAGUGCAAAAGAAAAAAAGUGUUUAAUUACCGCAAAUACAAAAAGAAAGGAAUAAACUUUACAUUUAACGAAGAAAAAAAAAUACAGUGAGUUAAAAAGAUAAUUUGUUUGCUCCGAUAUUUGCUCAAAAAAUUAUACAAAUAAUUUUAGUUCAGUCAAUAUUUAAAAAAAAAAAAAAAAACUCAGACGAAAGAAACCGAGUGAAAUGCAAACAAGUAAAAAAUAAAAAAGAAAAAAAAAAUAAAAGAAACUAUUUCUGUGUAAAUCUACCGGAACUAAUGGCACCGCAUUCACAUGUUCUUGUGCAUGUCCAACAACAACAACAACAACGCGGUGUGGUCUUUACUAUAUUAUGAUUAUUAUUACAUCUCAAUAAAACUCAAAGAGUUCACAAACAACAAGCAAUCAAUGACUUGUUUACGACAACGACGACUUACUCGCAGCAAAUAAAAAAUAAAUAAAUAUAAAUUAACUAGAGCGCACUAAAUUAACAACAACUACAAAAAAAAAAAAAGAAAUCACUUUAUCAAUUAAAUUCAAUUCAAGUAGUGACGACGUCGUUUAUAAAUAAAAUAAUUGUAUAACAACAACAAAGAGAGUCGCUGUGCCAUUUCAUGUUUAUUUUUUGCAAACAAAUUAAUGAAAGAUAAAAGUAAUAAUAAAAUAAUCAUCAUAAAGAAAAAAAAUCAAGAGUGUAAAAAAUCAAAAAUAAAUAAAAAAAAGUCAUCAAGUGUAAACAAAUGAUAAAAAAUUAAAUAAAAAAAAGUGAAAAGCAGGAUACAAAAGUAUCAAUUAAUAAUUAAUAAAAAAAAGGUCAAUAAUCGUGUAAUAAUAAAAAAAAUAAUAAUAAAAAAUAAACGAGAACGAGAGUAUAUAAAAGAGAUAAUAAUAAUAUGAUUAUGAAUAUCAUAUACAACAACAACAAGCAAAGUAUAUAUUUUGUAAGUGACCAAAGUUGCACGAAAAAUAAUCAUUAUUAUCGGUAGUUGUAUAACGUACAUGACACUCUUCCAUAUAAUUAAACAUCUGUGUUAUUCAACAAUUGGGUUUCGAUAAUUUCUCGAAUAAAAAAAAAUUUCGUAUAAAAAAUAAAAGUGAUAAAAUAUACAAAAUUAUAAUAAAUACACUUGUUGGAGAGUGUUAAAAAGAUUUACUACACAACCUACAUUGGAUUAUUACAUUGCAUCGCCAGGAGUUUAAACCGUAAAUAAACAAUUGUGGAGAAAAUGUAUGCGAGUCCGGCAGCUGUUGCAGCCCGGCAUCCGGUUAGUGGUCCCCCACAACCGGCACAGCCAUUCAAAUUCACAGUCGUGGAAAGUUGCGAUAGGAUAAAGGAGGAAUUUAAUUUCCUCCAGGCACAAUAUCACAACUUAAAAAUGGAAUGCGAAAAAUUAGCACAAGAAAAGACAGAAAUGCAACGACAUUAUGUCAUGUACUACGAAAUGUCAUACGGAUUAAAUGUUGAAAUGCAUAAACAGACUGAAAUCGCGAAACGUUUGAAUGCGAUUAUCAACCAAAUUCUUCCGUAUAUUUCGCAAGACCAACAGCAGCAAGUAUUGACGGCAGUUGAUCGCGCCAAGCAAAUUACAAUGUCGGAACUGAAUGCUGUGAUAGGUCAACAGAGACCCGAUUUGCCGAGAAUUUUGCAACAAAUGCAUGCGCAACACCCGCACGGAGGUCCUCCAGGUAUCCCGAUGGCGAUUCCUCAUCCCGGUUUGACGCCCGGAUCGUUAAAUGGACAACUUGCAUUGCCCGGAGGUCCUUCGCAGCAUCCGCUUGCCAUGUUGAAUAAGCAGGAAUUGCAUCGACCUGAAGAAUCGAAGAGCGUUGGAGGCAUGAGUGCUACUGAUGAACGACAUAACAGAAAUUCCGUUUCACCGCCGGAUCGUGAAAAGUACAGACCUCGCACUCCCGAAUCGCACGGACAUGAUCUCAAAAAAAUUAAGAAGGAAGAAAAAGAUAUGGGACACCAAUCUGACGGCGAAAAAUCUGACGCUGAUCUCGUAGUUGAUGAUAGUUCAGAAAUUAAUCCCAUGAGUCCGUCAUCCAAUCAAAUGGGUCACAACGGAACAAUGUCUCCGCGUGAAAAUGGCAUGAUGGUGAAGAAAAUGGAACACAAUGAUCGUUUAGGACCUCAUUCGCCGCGUUCGGGCACUUCGUCAAACGCUUCCACGCCAUCAAACAAAAAGCUCGAAGACAAACCAUCGACUCCUGUUUCGAAAUCUGUUACUCCCACAAAUUCCGCAAGCAAUGGAUUACCUCCAGCUGGCAUGAUGAAGGGCGUUGUUAAGCCUCCAGUUUUGAAUCCGGGCGGUUAUCCGCAUUAUUUGGGACCUUUGAAUGGCGCUCCGCCUCCAGAAUUGGCAGCUGCUUAUGGUCCGGGCGGAAUUCCCGCUGGAAUGCCUCCAGGUAUGCCCGGAUAUCCGCAUCCGAGAGCUCCGUUGCCCGUUGGAUAUGAUCCGCAUCCGCAAUUGAGAGCGCUGGGACCCGGUCUUGGAUCGUUAGCGGGAGGAAAACCAGCUUAUUCAUUCCACGUGAGCGCCGAAGGUCAAAUGCAACCCGUUCCAUUCCCCAAUGAUGCUUUAAUGGGCGCCGGCAUUCCGCGUCACGCACGCCAAAUCAGCACCUUGAAUCACGGCGAAGUUGUGUGCGCCGUUACGAUCUCCAAUCCCACAAAAUACGUCUACACAGGCGGCAAAGGAUGCGUCAAAGCGUGGGACAUCUCUCAACCAAACUUGAAAUCACCAGUUAGCCAAUUGGACUGUUUACAACGGGACAAUUACAUUCGUUCAGUGAAACUCUUGCCCGACGGUCGAACAUUGAUUGUCGGAGGAGAAGCAUCUAAUUUAUCAAUUUGGGAUUUGGCGAGUCCAACUCCAAGAAUCAAGGCUGAACUUACCUCAAAUGCGCCUGCAUGCUAUGCACUCGCUAUCUCACCUGACUCAAAAGUCUGUUUCUCAUGUUGCUCCGAUGGCAAUAUCGCAGUUUGGGAUUUGCAAAAUCAAACGUUGGUCAGACAAUUUCAAGGUCAUACUGAUGGCGCGUCAUGCAUCGACAUCAGUGCAGAUGGUACAAAAUUAUGGACUGGCGGUUUGGAUAACACCGUUCGCUCAUGGGAUCUCAGAGAAGGGCGUCAAUUGCAACAACACGACUUUGGAUCGCAAAUUUUCUCACUCGGAUACUGCCCAACAGGCGAAUGGUUGGCUGUCGGUAUGGAAAAUUCCAACGUCGAGGUCUUGCAUGCCACGAAACCCGACAAAUAUCAGUUACAUUUACACGAAAGUUGUGUAUUGAGUUUGAAAUUUGCCUCGUGCGGCAAGUGGUUUGUCUCAACUGGCAAAGAUAACUUAUUGAAUGCUUGGCGAACGCCUUAUGGAGCAUCAAUUUUCCAAUCGAAGGAAUCCUCAUCAGUACUUAGCUGUGACAUCUCUGUUGAUGACAAAUACAUUGUAACGGGUUCGGGCGACAAGAAAGCCACAGUUUACGAAGUGAUCUAUUAAAACGGGAGCAAUAACGUUUGCUUUAAAAGUGAAUCAAAAAUACUUAAUAAUAAUUAAUUAAAAAAAUGACGAAAUAAAAUAAUUUUACGAAAUAAACACAUAUUUUAAGUCUGGCAUGUAAAAAAAAAGAAUAAUUUAGCGACAGGAAUAUUAAAAAGUAAGAAAGCGCUUAUAGACCUAAGUUUCUAAUAAUUUUCAGUUGUAUUUAGCAUAAAGUCCCUAAAAGUUAAGAUCCAUAGUUUGUAUGUUUAUUAUAUUAUAAUUAGAUGACAAAAAGUAGAAAAAUGCUAUUCUAAAGUAGUAAUCGAGCAUAUGUGUAAAUAUUUAAAAUUAAAAUUUAGAUAAAAAAAAUAAAAAUUUUAUAAGAUUAAGUCAAGACGAAGAGAUUCAUUGUAAAUUUUAGCGAUGUAAGAUAAUGAUG